AGCACCCCGCGUAUCCAGGACAGAGCCGUGCAGCUGCGAGGCUGUUCCGGGCUUGAGCGCCCGGUUCCCUUUAACGUCCCUCCCAAGCCGUCUGAUGAACGGACAGCACGUGGCUUCGACCGCACUCGGUGAGUGACGUCACGAACGGUUCUCAGAACCGAACCCGCUGGAGCCGCGCGCGGACCUCUGCGCGCUCGGACACGACGAAGAGCAACGGAAGGAUACAGCAAAGGUUCCGGAGCCGUCGCCGUCACCUGACGUGCCCAGGCGUCCGUGAGCUGAAGCUGCCAGUGCGGUGGGAGUACGCGGGGAAACUGAAACAAUGACCACCAGUGAACUGUCAGUGCAUUGUCCUGACUGUGGACAGGCAUGCGGCUUUGGAGAUCUGCAGACAUGCAGCCACACCUGCCAGAGGAUCUGUCUCACUACCAGAAGGAACUCAGAGGGGGCCCUGACGACUUUUCCCACCCAGCAGCAGUGCUCUCCUCAGGGGAACAAUGAGAUGAACCACCCCUUAUAUUUGGAGCUUUUGGAUAGGCUAAGUCUGGCCUCCUCCACCACCAUUCCUCUCAGCCAGCUCCUCGUCCGGGGGCGUGCUUCUCCUCCUCUCUCUCCCUCCCUCUCUCCUAUGGUAACCGUGGCGGUGAGUUCCGGGCCAGGGGGUGCGGAGGCCGCGUCCGGCCGAGGCUUAGCCCGGCCGAGUGCGCCGUGGCCGGGCAGGCCGGAGGUGGAGGCCAGGCUGCAGAGGCUGGCCCUUGAGGUCCAGGAGAGGCUGGCCGUCCGGCUGGAGGCACUGCGGGAGGAGGUGAAGUGGAGGAGCGCGGAGGUGAGCAAGGUGAGGAUGGAGGGAGAGAGGAUGGAGGGCGAGAGGCAGCAGGCGGAGGAGAGGGCGGCGCAGCUGGCCCAGCAGGUGGAGGUCUCCGUGGAGAUGCUGGCCAGCCUGAGGCAGGAGCUGAUGGAGAGGGAGGAGCAGCUUGACCUCAAACAUCAAGAGGUUUGUGAGUUGGACAGGUUUGUACGAGAGACCGCAUUCAGGGAAGCGGGUGCUAAGCUCCGCCUGCAGGGCUUCAUUGAGGAUCUGCUGGAGAGGGCGGAGCGUGCAGAGAGGCGGCUACAGGACCUGCACGCUUGCUCCCAGGCGCCCACUCGCGCUGCUAUGCCCCACACAGCCGUGCACCAGAGGAGCUACAGUGUAUCAGGCAUGUCCAAGCGCUGCUACCCUCGCUGUGAUGCCUGGGGCAGUGCCAUUACUAGGGGCAGUGCUGGCAGGAGGCUGUGGACACUGUCCCUGGGGUCGUGGGGGUGUCAGGUGGACAGGGAGGGGGUGCAGACCCCUCCUGAUACACAGUGUUACCAUAUGCUGUGCGGAGGUCCCGAGGGGCCGGAGAGGGAGAGGGCCCCUCCGUCUCCCUGCUGGACCCCCCACACACAGCCAGGGCCCGAGGACGACUCGGACAGCUGGUCUAUCUACACAAUGGAAUCCCAGGAGGACCUGCAACAACACUGCAGAAUGUACAGCAAGACGGAGCAUGCCUUCCACAGCCUGACUUGUCGCCAUGACAACAGACCUGACGAAUCAAUGAUGUGUUCAGAGCAAAUGAGGAUGAGGGCGUGGCUUUUCUGUGUAUUCACCUACCUGGACACACGUUCCCUCCUCAUUGCUGCACAGGUAUGUAGGGAUUGGUGGAGUGUUGCCCGUCACCCUGCAGUAUGGACCAGAGUAACACUAGAGAACACACGAAUCUCAUCCAGGUUCUUGGUGACUCUGUCUCACUGGUGUAGUCAGACACAGUUUCUUGUCCUGCAAAACCUCAAACCUCGAUCCCGCCACAGAAAAGAGACUAAAGAGGAAUAUCUGAAGAGCACAAGGGGCUGUCUGGAAGUGGGGUUGGAGGCGGUGCUAAAAUCAGCAGGGCGGAGUCUUACGUCUUUGGCCAUCUCCCAUUGCCCCAACAUUUUGACGGACAGGACCCUGUGGCUGGUCAGCUGUCACUCCAGAGCGUUGCACGCCCUUACAUACAGGAGCUCGUCAGACCCCGUUGGGCAGGAGGUGCUAUGGGCUUUGGCUGCAGGAUGCCGAGACAUCACCGGCUUGUUCGUAGCACCGCUGCAGCCAUGCCAACAGCCCAGUCGCUUCAGUAACCGCUGCCUGCAGACCAUCGGUCGGUGUUGGCCCAACCUGCAGCAGGUGGGCGUGGGCGGGGCUGGGUGCAGAAUCCAAGGACUUGCCUCAUUGGUGAGGAACUGCCCGGGUCUGUGUGUGUUGAAAUUGGACCACAUGAGUGAGAUGAGCCAGGAGGGGGCAACAGAGCUUUGCAGGGACGGACUGCAGCAGCUCCACACGCUUGUGUUCACCUCCACACCUGUCACUGCUAGAGCCCUGCUGCACUUUACCAGUGUGUGCGUAAAGCUGAAGAGUGUGGUUGUGCAGACGGGUAUUGCAGAUUACUUCCAGGACUCUGAAACUGAAGAAGCAAAGAGGAUGUUCGACGAGAUCGUGGACAGUCUGCAGGCGCUGCAGAAGAGGCCUGGCCUAUCUGAUGUCCUCCAGCUUAGGGUGGACAGACCAUGAUGUCAUCAGCUAGAACAUUUUAGUAACAGAACUGUUCUGUUAAUCACUGUGACAAUCUGCCUAACUCUUAGGGAACCCAAACACACACAUUCACACACACAUGUCCAUGGCACGACAGGGAACACAAAAAUCUAAUUGUGAUAAUGGGGAAAAAAAACCUCAGGUGUUAGUUGUUAGAUUUCCUCCUCCACAUCACACACACACACACACACACACAUACACACACACAAAAACACACACAGAGAGGCAUACCAUAUCCGUGCGCCUAUGCAGUGGCACACAAAAUACUCCAACACAAGCAGAAAAGUCAUCCGUAAAACUAGAAAUAAAGGGAAUUAAUCUUUAGCCUAUAUUACGACCUUUCUCAAACCAGACAAGAUAAAAGCAACCUUUAAAGUA